UGAUGGCCUUGACUGGCUAUCACAACUGGUUCAAGACGUCUAUCCACAAGUGGCUGCAGAUAGUCCAUGACAAGGCUUGUGACAGGAUCCGCAGAGCAGUAGACAUGGACCAGCUGGAGCCAGUACAGCAGGCCAAACACAGCUCCUCGGCGGUGGAUGUGACAGCGUGUUUCAGCCAGGUGCGGGAGUUCUGGAAACAGAUGUCCUGGCCAGACUCUGCAGGGGCCUUCAUCUUUGUCACCCGCCUGACAGACAAUUUCUGCAGCGAGGCCGUGUGUUACUCAGAGAUGAUAAAGCGCAAGAUUGAGAGGAGCCAGCAGGGUCGAGACAUCAAGAGCCUGACAGUGCAGCUGUGCAUCGCCCUGAACGACACAGAGCAUGUGCGUGUGUUCCUGGGCCACCUACCUCGGGACCUGGACUGGCAGGGCGUGGAGCAGGCCAUGGAGGAGUCUUGCGGGGCGGAGGGGAAGGAGCAGGUCAACAAGGCCCUGAACGGACAGCUCUACAAUGUGGAUGCGGACCUACAGAGGGAGGCCAAGCGCCUCAUCACCCACCUCACAGACAAGAUGCUUUCAGAGCUGAAGAGGUACCUCCAACACAUCAGCCUGUCCCCUGACUCCAUCAACAACGAUGAUGCCGUGUCCCCCCUCAUGAAGUACUUACGUGACACUUUAGUCAUCCUCAGCGAGUCUCUGGUGAAGGAGAAUCUGGCUAGAGUUCUCCUCGGCAUGUGGGAGCUGCUCCUCAGAAUGAUCCUAGACACGGUGGCGGAGAACAUGGGAGUCCAGGUGGAGUUCUACAACCGCUUCCAGUACACUGUGGAGGCCCUGGUGCAGUUCUUCUAUGCUGAUGGAGAGGGACUUGCCAUAGAAGAUCUGAAGAACCAUGUCGACUACAAGGCUCUCGACGAGGAGCUGAGGCUGAACAAGUGUUCGUCCUUUGAGCUGAUCGAGCAGUACUUCCUGGAGAAGAUCUCUCAGCAGAGAACACUGAAGCACACCCGCUUUGGCCGCGUCAGUGUGAAGUGUUACUAUGAUGCUUCUGAGCAGAGGCUCACGGUGGAGAUCCUGCAUGCCGCCGAUCUCAUUGCCUUGGACGCCAAUGGGCUGAGUGACCCCUUUGUCAUCGUGGAGCUCUGUCCCCACCACCUCUUCCCCAUGGCCAAGAGCCAGCGCACCCAAGUGAAGCUCAAGACCCUGCACCCAGUAUUUGAUGAGCUCUUCUAUUUCCAUGUCAGCCCAGAGCAGUACAGGCACAGGUUUGCCUGUCUGACUUUUACUGUGAUGGACUAUGAUUGGCUGUCCACCAACGAUUUUGCCGGGGAGGCCUUGGCCCCGCUCAGUGACUUCUGUUGGCCAGGGAGACCCAACGCCUCAGCGGCCGGAAAGACCAUCCAGCCGGCCAUUCUGCACCUGGCCCGGAGCAAACCCAGCGAGAAGCCAAUCAUGAGGAUUUUGGACGCACGGACAGGAGACGGAGAGGCUCAGGAGUUUGUGAGGAAGCUAAAGGAGAUUGAGAAAUCCAUGGAAGAGGAGUGAAGCUGUCAGCACUGAUCUGGUGUAUUGGUGUAUUCUGACCAUGUCUUCGCCACAUGUGCUUUUGUACUUGUUGUACUACCGUAUGUUUACAAUGUUUACAGUUUUCAAAUCCUCUUGUACGUGCACUGAAAAUGUAAUGCUGAACAAAACACAGUAAGGCAUGACUUUUUAAAUUGAAAUACCAAUGUCCUGUCUCUCUGCUGUAUUUUUAUGCCUCAAAUCAAAUGCUAUUUGUCACAUGCGCCGAAUACAACAGGUGUAGACUUUACCGUGAAGUGCUUACUUACAAGCCCUUUCCCAACAUUGUGGAGUUAAAAAGUAAGAAAAAUCCAAGGGUCCUAUCUGAGAAAUGUGAGAAAUAGCUUAUCCUAUAGUGAUUAUUUUGUUUUCUAAAGAGCUCAUUGAAUGUUAUCUUUGUUAUAUUAUCUUUGUUAUAUUAUCUUUGUUGUAUUACAUCUCUAACGUUUAACUGAAUCAAAAACUAAUUUGUAACUGAUAUGUAUUCAGUCGAAUCAUGUGGGUGGAUCAAUCGUUGAAGAAAUAUAUACUCACUACUGUUUCUGAGUUUGUGGCAAAGUAGCACAUGGAUGUAACACUGCAAGGAAAAGCCGUCUGUAGCCAGGUUUUGUAAGUCAACACAAGGAGUAAGGGCACAUAUGGCUGUGUUUACACAGGCAGCCCAAUUCUGAAAUGUUUCAGAUCUUUUCACACCAGCUCUUUUUCAGAGCUGAUCUGAUUAGUCAAAAGAACACUAAGUUAAAGAAAAGAGAUCACAAUUUGGCUGCCUGUGUAAACGCAGCCUAUGUGACGCCAUCUGUGCUCAUUGAUGAUUGAUAAUUGGAUGUUUAUAUCUCUUCAGAUUAUGAACCAUAUCCCUGAAGAAAAGAGUAUUAGUCCUCUAUUUGUGAUAUUGUAAAUGUGAACUACUUGUCCUUGAAUUGUAAUGGAUUGUGCUGCUGUUCAU